CCAAACUCACGUAGCCUAUUUCUCUCCUCGCUGCUGAAGAUCUUCCUCAAAAUCUAGGCAAACUUCUGGGGCAACAUUCAUUCAAUCCGACAUUAUAAUACAGAUAAAAAAUGGCCCAGUUUAACAAGGGACCCGCUUACGGAUUAUCAGCUGAAGUUAGGAACAAGAUCGCUCAGAAGUAUGACCCACUGAAGGAGGAGGAGCUACGCAUCUGGAUUGAGGAGGUCACCGGCAUGCCAAUUGGAGAGAACUUCCAGCAGGGGCUGAAGGAUGGUGUCAUUCUUUGCGAUUUGAUCAACAAACUCCAGCCUGGCUCUGUAAAGAAAAUUAACAACUCUAAACUCAACUGGCAUAAGCUUGAGAACCUGAGCAACUUCAUCAAAGCCAUUCUUGCAUAUGGCCUGAAGCCAAACGACAUAUUUGAAGCUAAUGACCUGUUUGAAAACGGGAACAUGACACAGGUCCAGACCACGCUGCUUGCGCUGGCUAGCAUGGCAAAGACCAGAGGCUUGGACACCAAGUCUGAUAUUGGUGUGAAGUAUGCUGACAAGCAGGAACGACGUUUCAACGAUGAGCAGUUAAAGGCUGGAAACUGCGUCAUUGGCUUACAGAUGGGGACAAAUAAAUGUGCCAGUCAGGCUGGCAUGACUGCUUAUGGCACCCGAAGACAUCUUUAUGACCCAAAGACCCAAACGGACAAGCCAUAUGACCAGACUACCAUUAGCCUGCAGAUGGGCACCAAUAAGGGAGCAAGUCAGUCUGGCAUGGGCGCCCCCGGCACCCGGCGAGACAUCUUCGACCAGAAAUUGUCUCAACAGCCGCUUGACAACUCCACCAUCUCGCUGCAGAUGGGCACCAACAAAACAGCCUCACAGAAGGGCAUGAGUGCCUAUGGCCUGGGCAGGCAGAUCUAUGACCCCAAAUACUGCCCUGCAACCGGGGAGCCUGGAGCCCACACCAAUGGCAGCCAGGGCACAGGCACCACCGGCUCCGAGGUCAGCGACACCGACUACCAGGCUGACUACCAAGCAGAGUACCACCAUGAAUACCAGCCACAAUAUGAUGAGUACCCUGGCCAAUAUGACCAGGGCAUCGAUUAUUAGGUGUCUGAAUUACAGUGUUGAGAUUAAGAUUUUUUUUUUUUUCCUCCUUGUUUUUGGUUCUUAUUUCAACAGAGCAAGAUUUCUUUCCUUGCUGGCCUUACAAACUGAUGAAGAGGGAGCAAAAUGUUGCCUUAGUACUCAUUCCUGUGUAGAUUGUCAGUAUUGUAUUUUUAUUUUCUUAAUUGUUAAGAAUUAUGUUUUGGAACAUUUGGUUCUUUUUUUUUAAAGCCUUUUUUAACCUGGGUGUUUGCGGAAUGCCAAGAGUGCAGCCUCUCCCUCAGAGUCUUCUUUGUCCUCAUGUAAUUUGAUUUAGUUUGAUUAUGAGAUGUUCUUCUAUUUCUGGCCGUCUCUCAUCGUCUCAAUACUCUUGGACUCUGAGCUCAAGGACAGUUGGAGGGGCUUGAGUACCUCUUCCUGAAUGUUUGUGUUGUUUCCCAUGCCCAGACAGGAAGCUGUCAAGUCUCUAGCUGUUGGUUUUAAACACAAAGCCUCUUUUAGAUUCAUGUGCCCUUUUAAUUAAUUUGAUCUAAUGGUGGUUUUGUUACUUGUGCCAUAUCCUUCUCAUGUUUUAAGCAACCGUUCCUUUUUCUUUUCUAUUCUCUCCUUUUGUAUUUAUUGCCACUGCCACUUGGUCCCAUCAAAUUAUUUUUAAAUGAAUAAAUUUUUACAUAUGA